AACGUUUCAGCGCAACUUCACGGCAAUCGUUACGUCAAUAUUUACAAAUUUAUACGAAAACAAUUGCGAGAAAAUCUAACAAAAUUCGCCAACAAAGGGAAAAUUUACAUUUGCGUCGAAGUACCAUCGAAUAUUUUUCACCAAUUUCCCAACAAAUUGACGAGAAAAUUGCAGAAGUGCAAUCAAUAGUUAAAAUUGGAACGAGAAAAUUUCGCAAUUCACUAAAAUAAUUCUGAAGUGAUAAAAACAUACAAACAAAAUGAGCCACCAUGCAUCAACUUCCAACAAUAAUGACAAAGCGGAACCGAUCACAAAAGAAGAAUGGCAAUCGCGUCUCGAAAGUUUCGAGUUUAAGCAGGCGGACAUGAAUAAAUUGAUCAUGAACUAUUUGGUCACUGAGGGAUUCAAAGAGGCCGCUGAAAAAUUUCAAGCUGAGGCUGGUGUCGAGCCAUCAGUUCCAUUGAAUACGCUUGACAAUCGAAUUUUGAUUCGUGAAGCCGUCCAAAGCGGUCGCAUUCAAGAAGCCACACAUUUGGUCAACAAACUCCAUCCAUGGUUACUGGACAAUGAUCGUUACUUAUACUUUCACUUGCAACAGUUGCACUUGAUUGAAUUGAUCAGAAAUGGCAAGAUCGAAGAAGCGCUACAAUUUGCCCAAACCCAAAUGUCUGAAGCCGGUGAAAAGAAUUCCGAGGUACGAAGCGAAUUGGAACGAACAUUGGCACUGCUUGCCUUUGAAAAGCCACAAAACAGUCCAUUCGCCGAUCUGUUGGAGCAAUCACAUCGCCAAAAGGUGGCCAGUGAAUUAAAUGCAGCUAUUUUGAAGACACAACACUGUGAAAACACCAGUCCUCGAAUCAUCAAUUUGCUAAAAUUGAUCUUAUGGGCACAGAAUGAGCUCGAUAAGAAAAACAUUACCUACCCGAAGAUGACUGAAUUGGCCACAGCAACCAUUGAGCAAAAGAAUGUCGAAUAUAUUUGAAUUGUUCAGGAUUAGUUUUAUAUUUAUUUCGUACGAUUACAAAUUUUAAAAUUAAGACCAACCAAAAGCCAAACGAGAAACCGAAAUGAAGAACGAUAUAUUUCGACCCCAUAAAAAACGGAGAGAAUGGAUUCUUAAUUAUGGACAUUUUUUGAGUUAGAAAAAUAAAAUAUUUUCGGUAUAUUUGUCAUCAAUUUUUCCCUACUUCAAACAUUAACCAAAUCGAUUUGCAAUGGAUCAUAAUGGUACAGAAUAUGACACUCAACCAAUAAAACUGAGAAUAAAUUGAAAAUUAAAUCAAAUCUGA